GUAUCGAAUUAACCCUGAUCCUCUACCCAAGAAGAAGAAUACCACUUUGAAAUGUGGUAUCCACCAUUCCAAAUAAACAUGUCUCUUUAUAUGGGCGUUAAGUAGUUUCCUCCCCCACCAAAACGGUUUAGGAACCCAUCCAGAUUCAAGGACGACUCUUUGCCUCGUGAGGAAUGUCGCGGUGAGGUGUGCGGCGUGUUCCCGCUGUUUGCGAGCAGCUGUGGCUAAGCUUGUUUAGCUCGCCAGGAUGUCCGAGCGCCAGGGACAGGUGGGAGACUUGAACAAGCAGAGCAGAGAGCAGCUCCAGGAACUACUACUGCGACAGAACAACAUACUCGCUGACAAGAGAUUAAUUGAGUCUCUUUCUGACAAGGGGCAGCGAUUAAGGGACUUUGCGGAAAGAAUACGCCUCGCCAUUGAACGACGUGAUGAAGAGGAGCGCAAGCAGAGUUUGGUGUCAGCAGCCAGGGCAGAGUUUCAGUCCAAGUACCGGCGAGCCUUCGCUGGGCAAAGUGCACCAACCGCAUCACAACAGACUGAAGCCUCGCCUGUCUGUGUUCAUGUGGAGGAGGAGGAAGAAGACACUGCUGAAACCAUGGAGUUGGCCGCCUCCGUGGCCUCUCUAAACUCCGUCGGAGCAAAAGAAAGUGACCUUGCAGAGGCCUUGGAACGGGUCACAAUCUCCACUCGCGCUGGUGACCAAGGCAAGGAUGCUGUACAAACCAUUGCAACAGACAAUUACUUUCUCAGGCAGCAGACACCAAAGAAGCCUCAUGUUAUAACCGUCCUGGAACGGACAGAGAACACCUUGACACCCAAAAGACAAAGAUUCAAACCGAACCAGCUACCAUCUCGAGGUGGCAACUCUCCAUCCGGCUCCUUAUCACCGUCGUCGGAAGGCUCGUCUCCGCUCUCCAGGCAGGCCCGGAGGGAGUGCGACAAAAAGCACCUGGAUGACAUCACGGCCGCAAGAAUGCCUCCUCUCCACCACACUCCGGCCCAGCUUCUGUCUCUGCAGGAUUCCGCUGACCUCCUGACAGCACAGACGAGGAUACAACAGGAGCUGCGGGCUAAGCUGGCAGCACAGAAACUGGCCGAGGGGUUGAAGAUGUCCAUGGGGAGCUACAGUCCUGACGGCGGCCCCAUGGCAGCCUACAGAGAGGUUCGUGAUGAAGGAGCGCAGCCCUCCUCAGAAGAAGACUGAUCCUGCACGGUCAGAUGGGAGGAAGACCUGGUUGUUCCGAAAGGGCUUUUACUCCAAGGGGAUUCAUUCUUGAGAGGACGCGUUGCCUGGUGCAAACGGUUGAUGACUUGAUGAAUGCCCACUGAUGAACUUUGAAGGAUUCAAACUUGUUGAAAUCCGGUGCUACAUUUAAAAUAAACAAGUGUAAUGGAAAUUCCAUUCCAGCGUUUCAAACUAUUUAGCAUCAGAAUUUCCUGGCAUAACAACACAGUAUGCAAUAUAAGCAAGGGAUCGAUUCUGAUAGCAUGACAGCCGUCAUCAAACAUCGUGUUAUCUGAAGUGACCUUUUUUGAACGACAGUAUUGGAUAAAUAAAAACGCCAUAUUUUUUUCCAUUGAACACAA